AGUAAGUCAUCGUAUAUGCAACUUCAUUUCCACAAGCUUCUUUAUCCUUAAAUUGAAUCUCAAUUUCCUUCUACAACUAGAAUUGCUCAGAAGAAGCUCCCCAAGCAUGGCAGAAAGAACUAGAACUGAAGGUUCCACUCCACUCGCUACCGUUGAAGAGAUCCAGAAACGCCUCCUCCGUCCUUCCUCUCUUCACUUCCGGGGAUAUUGCGAAGAAUCGCAGCCGAAGUCAAGUUCAUCGGAGCUGCCGAUGACGAGUGAUAGAGGAACAACGAAGAGGAAGCUCGAAGAAUACUUAGAUCCUGUUCUUCUGUCGGCAAUAUGUGCCAAAAUUGGUCGUUCAAAUAAGGAUUCGGAAAUGAAGAAGAAGAGAAAUGUUAGGGAUUUCGAAUGGCCUGUUGAUGAAUUGAAAGUGUUCGUUGACGAUUCGAGGACAGAGAACGGAGCCUAUUGCAGAAACAGUGAGGUCGUCGUCGAUCUCAACUGCGAUACCGAUGUCAUCGGCGAUUGCGGAGACGGAGAAAUCGGCACUCCUUUUCAGCAUUUUGAGCAAACAGCAUUGAAGCGAUUCAAGAGAUCAAUGCAAUAGGUUGCUCGGGUCGGUUAGCUCGUAAUGGAUGCGGAAUUGCAGCUGCUAACAUGCACCGUGGCGGGUAAAUUUGGAGAAUUGAGCGAUUUUCCCUUCUUUUUUUUUUUUUCUUUUUUUUUAAUGAGAAUUUCAAUUUCUGUUAAUGGGUCAUUUUAGAAGUUAGAAAUUUUAGAUACUAAAAAUAAAUAAAUAAAAAUUUAAAAUUGCG